UACGAUGGCAGUCGGAGCGUCGGUGCUGCGACAGAAAACAGUAAAAAAAAGGGAAAAACGACAGAGCGUCCUCUGCUCACCAUUACCAACAAAGCCUUCGCUUUCGCUUUCGCUUCACAAAGUUAUUUUAUGCCCGUUGGCCCUUCGAAAAGGACGUCUCUCUCUCUCUCUCUCUCUCUCUCUCUCUCUCUCGUCUUCGCAUUAUUGCACACAGGAAAGGUGGCCAUGUGAGAUGCUCCAGCAGUCGCACUUAAGUCUCAAGCUGUAAUGUUAAUGGCUGCUUUAUCUUCUCGAUCUCAUCUCGGCCAUUAAUGAAGGUUUCGGUUAGGGUUUUCUUUGGCAGCGCCCGCUGCUUUUCGGAUCCGAGGCUGAGCUGAGUUUGGGUUUCUUCGUUUCUCGCCCACUGCCGCCGCUAUGAAGCUUCAUUAUCAGAAUCAUCUCCAGCCUCACAGAGGAGGGGCUAUUGUUGCUCUCUUGGUGCUGCUUCUUCCCAUUCUCGCGCCCAGUCUGUUCAGUCCCUUGGGCCACGCCUCGCCUUCUAUGUUCUCGGAAUGGAAUGCUCCAAAACCUAAGCACCUUCGUUUACUCAAGAGUGCUUUGCAGCGUCAAACUUCAAAUGGAAAGCAGUCUGAUCUUUGGGUUCCUUUGGCCAAUCAAGGGUGGAGACCUUGUGAUAAAUAUACAGAUUCCCACACAUUGCCAGAAAAAUCUCAGGGAUAUGUUCAGGUAUUUCUUGAUGGAGGUUUGAACCAGCAGAGAAUGGGGAUAUGUGAUGCGGUUGCUGUUGCCAAAAUUCUGAAUGCAACCCUUGUGAUCCCACAUCUUGAAGUUAAUCCUGUUUGGCAAGAUUCAAGUUCAUUCAUGGAUAUAUUUGAUGUUGAUCACUUUAUUAAUGUGCUGGAGGAUGAUAUAACUAUAGCUAGAGAGUUGCCUCCAGAAUUCUCCUGGAGCACACGAGAGUAUUAUGCCACAGCAAUUCGAGCUACUAGAAUUAAAACUUCACCCGUUCAUGCUUCAGCUAACUGGUAUCUGGAGAAUGUCUUGCCUGUUCUGCAGAGCUAUGGGAUUGCUGCAAUUGCCCCAUUCUCCCAUCGUUUGGCUUUUGAGAACCUGCCUAUGGAUAUCCAACACCUACGUUGUAAAGUAAACUUUGAAGCAUUAGUUUUCGUUCCUCACAUCAGGGCACUUGGAGAUGAUCUUGUUAGUCGCCUACGGGAUCCUCUGGGUAAAAGUAUGGAACUUGGUACUAAAUACUUACAAGGGGUCACUGAUGUGAAGGACAAGCAAGUAGCAGGAAAUUUUGUUGUACUUCACCUUCGGUUUGACAAGGAUAUGGCUGCCCAUUCUGCCUGUGAUUUUGGUGGGGGGAAAGCUGAGAAAUUGGCUCUAGCUAAGUAUCGGCAAGUGAUUUGGCAGGGACGAGUUUUGAAUUCUCAGUUCACUGAUGAGGAAUUGAGGAAUCAGGGACGUUGCCCAUUGACUCCUGAAGAGAUUGGAUUGCUGCUAGCAGCUUUGGGUUUUGACAACAGUACUCGUCUUUACCUUGCCUCACACAAGGUAUAUGGCGGGGAAGCUAGGAUUUCGACUCUACGCAAACUGUUCCCACUGAUGGAAGAUAAAAAGAGCCUCUCUUCUGCAUAUGAACGAGCUCAGAUUAAAGGAAAGGCUUCCUUAUUAGCUGCCGUUGACUACUAUGUGAGCAUGCACAGUGACAUCUUCAUCUCUGCUUCUCCGGGAAAUAUGCACAAUGCGUUGGUGGGUCAUCGGACUUACCUGAAUAUGAAGACAAUCAGGCCAAACAUGGCAUUGUUGGGUCAGCUUUUCCUGAAUAAGAGCAUGGGUUGGCCGGAAUUUCAACAGGCAGUGGUUGGAGGGCACAAAAACAGACAAGGGCAGAUCAGGAUAAGGAAACCCAAACAGUCUAUAUAUACAUAUCCUGCCCCAGAUUGCAUGUGCCAUGCUUAAAGUCAUAUAUGUCUGGUCCUGGAGGAGAAGGAGCCUGCCUCAUGUAUCCUAUGAUUUGGGCUUUCCACUCUUGUUUGUGGUUUGUUAUUUUGGGAAUAAGCAAAUAUAGCAUUUCUCCAAUUUGUAGAAUAAUUGACAUGAUGUUCUUUUAGCCAAGAGGGUGUGUAUUAUGGUUGGGAUAAAAGCCAUAGCAAUACAUAGGUUGUACCUGUGGAUGUGUUGUGCAUCCAAUGAGGCCUUUGAAUUCUUCAUAGGCACAAAAGCAAUAUAAUAUUCCACAGUUCAUGAUUGCUAAA